AUGGCCGACGGCAGCGUCGAACCCGCCCAUUGGGCCCAAUUUCAAUAUCAAAGCACCACCUCCAUGGCCGUUAACUCCGCACGCAGCACUAACGGUCAGCCGGCGACAAAGCCAGCCCGAAAACGCUCCCGAUCAACCCGUAGAGUUCCCACCACUCUUCUCAAGACUGACACCUCUAACUUCCGCGCCAUGGUGCAGCAAUUCACAGGAGUGCCAUCAGCACCAUAUAUCUCUGGUGGAUCAUCGACGAUCAGUUUCGGAUUCAAUUCCGCAAUCCGACAGAGCACUUCAGUUUUACCCCGCUUCGAUCUUCAUCAGCAGCAAUUCAAUACCUUUUUUCCGGCUCAACAGCAGCAAGAUAUCAUGGGGUGCCCAAUAGAUUAUGAAAACAUGGAGGAAGAGAUCUUUCAUGGGAUGAACAGUACGGGGGCAGCAGGACGCCUGCCAGAGUUGCUUGAGGGCUUCUUUGACGAUGGGAACAUUGGUGGGUUGCCGCCGGCGACGGUGUAUGAACACAGUGAUGGAUACUUUUUGUGA